CAGAGUCCGAGAUCUCCAGUAGUACCUCCGCUGCCCACGCUGGACAGCUCCAGCUUCCUGGAGGAAGACGCAGCUGACCGUGCGCAGCAGCUCCCCGCCUCUUCCACCGGAGGAAAUUAGUUGGCGUCGCGCUGAUCAGAAGGAGGUGCGACCUGAAAUGACUGUUUGAUCGUCCCUCCGCCUGCCUCGCCUCCACCGCCACCACUAAAAAACCCCCCGUGGAGGUUUGUCAGAGCGGGAGCGGAUGAAACAACCAGUUGAGAGAGAGGGGUCGAUGGAGAGAAGGUGAACGGAUGGGAUAAAGCAGCUGGAUUUAUAUCGGUGAAGUAAACUCGCGCAGGAGAGCACAGCCUGGCUGGUUCAUCAGGAUUGCGACUGCCUUACGUAACUGAGCUUUGUGGAGGGACUGGCAGAGAAACUGCUGGUGCCGAGCUGUUAAAUCACAGCGGGGAAACGCAGGUAAUCACAAGUUCGUCCACUCUUCUUCCACUCAGCAUGAUCGGUGAAGACGCUGUCCCCCAUCACCAGUGAGCACGUCAGGAUGAACGAGGGUUGCAGGCAGGGAGGAGGGACAAUCACUGUGGAGGCUGAUGUCAUCCUCCAUGCUGUGAACCCUGACCUUGUCACGCCGUCUGACAAGGAUGGAAAUUUAUGUCAAGGUUACGUCCAAGGAUUCCUGCAGGACAAUCAGGAUUUCAGCCCCCCUCCAGCAUUCGAGAAGGAAUACCUGCUGGAUGGAAGACUGAUGGAGAAUAAUCACAUAGACCACCAGAAAGGCAACGGCUCGUACAUCUCGAGAGGUGAUCACCUCUCCAAUGAUAAGGGAGCUCCGGAUGUCCCUCGUCAUGCUGACACUGCUGUGUCCAAUCACAUUGCUGGCACGCAACAAAACUGUGCAAGCAGUGAGAUUCACAAUGGCGCCAGAGCUAAAGUGUCUUACAGUGCAGAUUCCUCCGUGAGCUCGCCCAGCCAAGCCAAACAGGAAACGGAUUGGUCAGUCCUAAAAUCGAACCUCGAGUGCAGGGACAGCAGCCAGGAAGCCGAGAAUACUCAGUCUCAGAAAGAGCCUGAUUUAGUCAUCGAAGUCGGCGGGCAGACGAUCAGCGCUCACAAGGCUGUCCUGGCAGAGAAGAGCGACUACUUCAAAGCACGUCUGUCACGAGACAUCCUGAAAGUGAAGGGAGUGAGUUACAAGACUCUGUCUACUUUAAUAGACUAUGUUUACACUUCUAAGAUGAAUGUUUCCAAGGGCAACGUUGUAGAUGUCAUCACAGGGGCUAAAAUCCUCCAGAUCCCCUGCGCUGUCCAGGCGGCCAUGGACUCCAUGUCCGAACAGAUCACUCCAGAGAACUGCUACGAGAUUCUGACCAUCGCCAAGAAGCAGCGCCUUAGUGAACUGAAGGAGACUGCCUAUGGAUUCAUGAGCGACAACUUCCUCCAGAUCCUAAAGGACCCCGCCGUGUACGGGCGCCUGAAUGGGUCUGAGCGGGAUCUGAUCCUAAAGAAGAGAAUGGAGGGGAGGCAGACUCUGAUGGUGGCAGAGAUAAAUGAUGUGUUUGAUCGCGUUGGGAGCCGACCACCGAGCCGCUGCGGCAGCCGACCACAGAGCCCGUUGUCGGUUGGGUCCUUGGAGGAGAGUCAUAUGAUUUGCUACUUUAACGAAACAGCAAAUGACUGGAGACCUUUAACUGCAAUGCCUGAGGACAUAAACACUAAAGGGUGCGGUAUCUGCACCAUGUAUAACUACCUGUUUGUGGCAGGGGGGAUAAAGGGCUACGGGGACAAGGGCAAGGUUUCAGACAAGGUCUUCUGUUACAACCCCAUAACCAACCGCUGGUCUGAGGUCAGACCUCUGACACAAGCUCGUGCCCAGCUAAAGCUUGUGUCGAUGGAUGGCUACUUGUACGCCAUUGGAGGAGAAUGUUUGUUUACAGUGGAAAAAUAUGACCCUCGCAUGGACCGCUGGACCACGGUCGCCCCUUUGCCCAAGGGAGCCUUCGCAGUGGCUCACGAAGCCACAACCUGCGGCGGAGAACUUUACGUUUCAGGAGGCUCACUCUUCUACCGCCUUCUGAAGUAUGACACCAAGAGGGACGAGUGGCAGGAGUGCCCCUACAACAACAGCAGGAAGAAGUCAACUGACAUGGUGGCUUUCAAAAGCUUCAUUUACCGCUUUGACGUCAACCGCGAGCAGGGGAUCACCGUCUUUAAGUACAACAGCAUAGUGAAAAUGUGGCACGAUUGCGCAUCACAGAGGCUUGGAAGUCACUUACCCUUCAGGUGCGCCGUGAUCGGGAACUGCAUCUACUGUGUGAACAAAAGCCAGACUCUUCAGUUUGUGGUGGAGGAGGAGAACGCCUACUUUGUCGAGGAAGCGCUGAGGGCACCUCUGGAGGCGAAAGGCGUUCUUUUUCCUUUUGUUCUCACUUUGCCUGAAAAGCCUGAAAAAGUUACAUAGUGUGUGCGUGCUUGUGUGAGUGUGUGUGUGGUCCAGAAUAACACAAUGUGUCAUAGCGAAACUGGAAUAAGCAGAAGACCUUGUGCACACUCUUCAAUGUCAGCUUUCUAUCUCAGUGUCUCAUUGCCUGCUUUCAAUGGAAUGUGUGUAUUUUGCAUGGCGAUUUAACAUGUCUGCAGGGUCAAGCCUUAAAAGGAAAACUUUCUUUUUUUAGAGUUGAAUGAAUGCAACAAUAUUUGUAUCUGACUGUAGAUAAUGACAUGCUGACAGUGACUGUAGGUUAUUUUGUGUAUUUCCUGUGUUCAGUUUGGUUUGGUGCACUUUUGUAUUUACAGUAGAUAUUAUUUAGAACAUAGCUGACUGGUGACUUUGGUAACAAAAACAAGUGUUUUGUUGAAAGUUGUACAAAAAAAAAGAGUGGAAGCAGUCGUAGUGCGCUUUAUGGAUGAUGCAACACAGGUUCUAUGCAAAUGAGACAAUAUACAGAUGGGUCUGCUGUAAUACUAUGUAAUAGUUACUAUAAUGGGAACUGACUUGGAAGGAAUACAGUAUUCCUCGAACAAGGGCUGCAACUAAUGAGUAUUUUCAUAAUUUGUUGGUCAACAAAAUGUCAGAUAAUAAUGAAAAAUUGCUGUAAUAACUAUCCACACUCCAAGAAGACACAUUUAAAGGUAUGCUGUGCAGGAUGUUCCUUAAAAAUAACAAUGUGUAAGCUAAAGUAAUCACUCUCAAUCAUCACUUAGGACCCAUUUUAAGUGUGUGGUGGUGUAUUAAUCUACAGAAACUCUGCUCUCUGCCUGUGUUUUCUUAUUUCUUAUUAUUUUGCUGUGCUUGGGACAUUCUUAGGCAGAGUGCGCAAGUGAAGUUGGGACUGAAUAAACCAGGUGUCAGAUUGUAAGAGGAAGCUAUGAAAGUCACUCUCACUUUUGCUGGCCAUACUGUUGACAAAUGGUAGCCAACAAUGGGGGGGGCUGGAGCCUAUCCCAGCCGACACUGGGCUGGAGGUGUGGUACACCCUGGACAGGUCGCCAGACUAUCACAGGGCUGACACAUAGAGACAGACAACCAUUCACACUCGCGGGCAAUUUAGAGUCACCAAUUAACCUGCAUGUCUUUGGAUUGUGGGAGGAAGCCGGAGUACCCAGAGAAAACUCACGCUGACACAGGUCAGGUUUGAACCAGAAACCUUGCUGUGAGGCAACAACACUAACCACUGCACCACCAAGCCACCACAAUUCUUGCAUAGUAUACCUUAAAGUGUCUUGUUAUGUACAAUCAAAAGUCCAAAACCCAAAGAUAUUUGAUUUACUGUUAUUAAAGGUAAGGAAAGCCUCAAAUCCUCUCAUUUAAAAAAUGGAGACAGCAAAUGUUUGACAUGUUUGCUAGAAAAAAUUAUUGAAAUGAUGAAUUGAUUAUCAAAGUAGUUGCAGAUAAUUCUAUGUUGAUGAAGUGAUCAUUGCAGCUCUACCUCGAAACCUGAUCUGCACUGGCUUUGAAUUAAACCUGUGAAUCAAGGUCAAAUUAUAAUCAGUAAAAACUGAAAUAGAAACUGUAUCAGCCGUGUACCACCCAAAUAUUCCCUUUGCAAAGCAUUUAAACAGCUUGUUGUACCUGUCGUAAUUCAGGGGACCUUUUUCAGUCAAAGCAAACUCCUCAUUUUUACUCCUCUGGAAGCUAAAACCAAUCUUGUCAGAGAUAUAAAACAAUAUGUUUCAGAUCUGUUUAAAUCGGAAUUGUAGAUUUAGAUAUAAAAGAACAGAAAUAACAUUUAUUUUUAGAUUCAGAAUGUGCUAUCUUGCUUAUAGUACAUACUCACGGGUGUCACAAUUCCUUCAUUUAGCUCGCUUGCCAAAGAUAAAUAACAAUUCAGUCAGGCUGAAAUGAAACUGUCACUUUUACAUCUUUUGUGGAUUAAGUUCAGUAUAAAAAGAGUCCCUCUGACUGCACCACAGUCAAGAUAAGAAACUAAAGCAAUAGUCAUUUUUCUCAGAGGAAGGAGCAUCAUGUUAGCUGCUAACAGGCACUUUCUGGGAAGUAAAGGGAAAGCCAGCCAUUCAGAAUACACAAAGAUGCAUCUCUUAUCUGCCUCUCCCCGUAUGUGUUGAAGGAAACAGCAGCAGACUCAUGUUCAAGUGCAAGCAGAUUUCUUCACUGGCUGGGGCCAAAGGUCAAAGCAGAUAGUCCAGUGUUUCAGCGAGGUCAGGUUGUGACUCCUACUGUGUCCACAAACAAGAUAUCCUGCUGUCAUGACACUAACAAACCAUGCUCGUCUUGUAUCAAAGCACAUUGUACUCUAAAUUUCCUUCUUUCAGACAUUUCACAUUAUUUGUUUGCUGCUGCAAUGACACAGUGGGAGUUUUGUAUGGAAGCUAAUGCUGAUGUAUUCUUGGAACAAAUUGCUUUUUAAUAACGUUUCUAGAGAUGUCUCCAGGCAGUGACUAAGACAAUAUGGAUGUGGUUUUGAUAUUUCGCUGGCUGUAUUUUUGUGAAUUUUGUAUGGAUUUGGUAAUUUUGGAUUUGCUGCUGUGAUGGACAGUGAAGUGAUGCGAUGUUAGGCAGUGGCUUCCUGUUCAAGGCAUAUGGAGUGGGCUAACAAAUUAGCUGUUGGAUAAUGUAUAUCAGUCACAACUAAGUGCUUCAAAUAAAAUAUUUUGUGUUGGAAAAUGAUCUGGUUUUCUGAA